AUGCCCGGCUGGAAGAAAAACAUCCCGGCCUGUCUCCAACCGGACCAGGAGGGAGAUGAAGGGCCGUACACCAAACACUCAGCCGGGUCCCGACCUCCAGAUGGAGCGCUGGCCAUCAGGAGGCAGAGCAUCCCUGACGAGUUUCGGGGCUGCUCCGUGGUUGAGCUGAUGAAGAAGGAAGGGACGACGCUUGGGCUGACGGUGUCAGGAGGCAUCGACAAAGAUGGGAAGCCCCGGGUUUCAAACCUGCGACAGGGAGGCAUCGCAGCUAGGAGUGACCAGCUCAAUGUAGGCGACUACAUCCGUGCCGUUAAUGGCAUCAACCUCGCCAAAUUCAGACAUGAUGAGAUCAUCAGUCUGCUGAAGAACGUGGGGGAGCGAGUCGUGCUGGAGGUGGAGUACGAGCUGCCACCUGUCUCGGUGCAGGGGUCAGGCGUCAUGUUUAAGAACGUAGAGGUCACGCUGCAUAAGGAGGGGAACAGCUUUGGCUUCGUCAUCAGAGGUGGUACACAUGAAGACAGGAACAAAACCCGCCCCAUCGUCAUCACAACCAUCAGACCAGGUGGUCCAGCAGACAGGGAAGGAACCAUCAAGCCAGGCGACCGCCUGCUGAGCAUUGACGGGAUCCGUCUCCACGGCAGCACGCUCUCUGAGGCCAUGAGCAUCCUGAAGCAGUGUGGGCAGGAGGCCACGCUGCUGAUCGAGUAUGACGUCUCAGUGAUGGACUCAGUUGCAACAGCGUCAGGACCCCUGCUGGUGGAGGUUGCCAAGGCGACAGGCUCCAGUCUAGGUGUGGCUCUGUCCACCUCCAUGUUCUGCAGCAAGCAGGUCAUCAUCAUUGACAAGGUCAAACCAGCCAGCAUAGCAGACAGGUGUGGAGCUCUCCAUGCAGGUGAUCACAUCCUGUCUGUUGAUGGGAAGUCCAUGGAGUUUUGUUCUCUGGCUGAAGCCACUCAGCUGCUCUCUGCCUCCUGUCAGACCGUCCGCAUGGAGAUACUCCCGCAGCACCAAGCCCGACCGGCCCUGAACGCACCACAACAUGUCAAGGUGCAGCGUAGCCCCCGUCCCCUUCCCUGGGAAACCGGAGGCUCCGCCCCUAUCCUCCCCCCUUACCACUACAACACGUACCACCCUGACCAAUCAGGUGCCAGAUCGCACAACCGGCAUACGAACAACCCUCCUCUCAGUCACUCGUUCUCUCCAGGAUCCAUGUCCGCCUACAGUCUGUCGUCCCUCAACAUGAGCACGCUGCCCAGGAACAUGUAUCCCACGAGUCCACGGGGCACACUCAUGAGGAGGAAGGGCAAGAAGAAGGACUUCAAGAGCUCCUUGUCUUUGGCAUCCAGCACCGUUGGCCUUGCCGGUCAGGUCGUCCACACAGAAACCACGGAGGUCACAUUGCUCGGGGACGGCAUCAUGGGGUUCGGCCUGCAGCUGCAAGGCGGAGUCUUUGCCACGGAAACACUCUCCUCACCGCCGCUCAUAGCCUACAUCGACCCUGACAGCCCCGCUGAGAGGUGUGGCAUCCUGCAGAUCGGUGACAGGAUUUUGUCCAUAAAUGGAGUUCCUACUGAAGACUCAACUCUGGAGGAAACCAAUCAGCUGCUCAGAGACUCGUCCAUCACCGCCCAGCUCACUCUGGAGAUCGAGUUCGACGUGGCCGAGUCGGUCAUCCCGAGUUCAGGAACGUUCCACGUCAAGCUCCCAAAGAAGCCAGGAGUGGAGCUGGGCAUCACCAUCAGCUCUCCGUCCAACAGGAAGCCAGGAGAUCCUCUGAUCAUCUCGGACAUCAAGAAAGGCAGCGUGGCUCACAGGACGGGGACGUUGGAGCUCGGUGACAAGCUGCUCGCCAUAGACAACAUCCGGGUGGAGAACUGCUCGAUGGAGGAGGCCGUUCAGAUCCUGCAGCAGUGUGAGGAGCUCGUCAAACUGAAGAUACGGAAAGACGAGGAUAAUUCAGACGAACAGGAAGUGUCUGGCAGCAUCAUCUACACGGUAGAGCUGCAGCGGUACGGAGGCCCGCUGGGAAUCACCAUCUCAGGCACCGAGGAGCCGUUCGACCCCAUCAUCAUCUCCUCGCUGAGCAAGGGCGGGCUGGCCGAGAGAACCGGAGCGAUCCACGUUGGCGAUCGUAUUUUGGCGAUCAACAGCAGCAGUCUGAAGGGGAAACCUCUGAGUGAAGCCAUCAGUCUGCUGCAACAGGCCGGAGAGACGGUGACGCUGAAGAUCAAGAAGCAGGGAGACUUGUCAAGCCCCAAGUCCUCUGUGAUUGGCCCAGGCCUGGUCCCAGGGGCGGGACUUGGCCAGGAGAACCAGGACGGGGAGGAGGAGCCUGUCGUCAUGGUCGCCCCUCUAUCCAGUCAGAGAGUUUUCAGCACCCUGCCGUCAGUGGACAGCGCUGUGGAGUCGUGGGACGGAUCGAACAUGGACAGCAGCUUCACCACGCCGGCUCCACCGUUUCAGUCGUCUCCGUACAGCUUCCACGAGUGGCGUAACGCCAAGACAACCAACAGCCAAUCAUCUUCCUCCACUCGUCAGAGAGCCAAUCCGCUGUCAGAUCUUGGUCUGAGUGACGACGACUGGGACCGCCCACCGCUUGGAGGGUUCACCGUGGGGCAUGAUGGGACAGAACCAGACCAGGAGGAGAAUUUCUGGUCUCAGGCUCUGGAGGAUCUGGAGACGUGUGGACAGAGCGGCAUCCUGAGGGAGCUCGAGGCGUCUGGAAAGGAAACCCACCUCUUCACUGUGGCAACCAUCAUGUCAGGCUCCACCCUCAGUCUGAACCAUGACCCAACUCCACUGCGCAGCACGCUGGGACGCCAGGCAAGCUUCCAGGAACGCAGCAACUCCAGACCACAGGUGACAGCUCGGUCCAAUACCUUGCCCUCUGACCCCCAGCGCCGAGCCUUUGCCAUGAGGAAGAUGAGGCAGGAAGUCAAUGAGAUCUUGAACCAGAACCCUGUGGAACUACAUAAGUUGACUCUAGAGAAGGCUUCAGAUCUGGAAGACUUUGGUUUCAGUGUGUCCGAUGGUUUAUUGGACCGUGGUGUUUAUGUCAGCAACAUCCGACCAGGAGGCCCAGCAGAGAAGGGUGGCCUCAAAGCCUACGACCGAAUACUACAGAUAAACCACGUGCGGACUAGAGACUUUGAUUGCUGCCUCGUCGUUCCACUGAUUGCAGAAUCUCCAAACCACCUGGAGCUUGUCAUAAGCCGAAACCCAACCUCCUCCACGACCUCCCUCCUGGCCAAUCACACGGACGGUACUAACAACAGCACCCACUCCCCUCAAACAAUUAGCAGUGAGCUAGGACCCACAGAGCUCUCUGUUAACCAGGGGGAGGACGGUGGUCCGCUCAAAUGGAACCAACCAGGCGAUGGACUGGCAGCAGGGAUUGCAGUUGGUCAGGUGAAUAAUAAUUCCUUAUAGCAGGCGGAACACUGGAGGAAACUGGAUUAAACCGGUUCAAACCCAUUUGGACUGGAGAGAGGUCAACAAGGAGAACAAUACAACAACAAUAAACUGGUUCAGAGUGGAUCCCCAUGGUGCUACUCACCCUCUGGAUGAACUUGGACCCUUGACCACUUAAGAUUGAUCUUUGAACUGCUGAUGCAGCCUGAAAGCACAUUGGACUGGAGCAACUUCUCACCUUCACCUGAGCCAGGUCUGCACACUGGAAAUACUGGUAUCACUGGAACCAGAUCUAUGACUACUAAUCCUUCUGGAGCCACUGGAACUACUGGACUUCCUGGUUCUAUUGAUCCAGAGCCAUUUCUACUGAUUCUACUGAUGACAGAGCCACAGCCAAUGGUGUUACUGGUCUAAGAUUAACGGUUACUGGUUCUGGAACUAAUGCUACUGAAGCUAGAGCAGCAGCCAAUGGUCUUAAUGGUUCAAGACUUGUAUGCACUGGGAUGUUUGGUUAGAAAAUCAUGGCCACUGAUUCCACUGAAGCCAGAACAAGAGCCAGUGGUCACACUGGUCCAAGACGCAUGGGCUCUAGUCUUAGUGGUUACAAAGCCAUGGCCUUAAGCAAGCCACAACUCAUGGUCUUUCUGGUCCAAGAUACAUGGGUUCCAGGUCUUAAAGGUGGCAGACCCACAGGUAAUGGUCCUAUAGAAGCCAGAGCCACAGUCAGUGGUCUUACUGGUUGAAGACAUGGUUCUUGUUCAUGGUCUUAGUGGUAUCAAAAUAAUUGGUACUAACCUAUUGCCACGACUACUGCUUCUACAAGCCCAGAAAUGUGUGUCCGUCUGGUCUUUCUGGAACCAGAACCUUCUGGCUUCUGGUUGUACUGGCCAAGAAACACAGCAGCACAAAGACUCAUGGGACUUUGGGAUCUGGAACCUUAUCGGUGAAGAGACGAGGACACUAGGGAUGCUCUGAUCAGGGUAUCAUUGGGAUUGGCCAAACUGAUUCCGGUUUUCUUUCUGGUUUCUGUUCUUUUAAAGAAAGCCUCCUUAAGAAGAAACCCUUUUUAACCCAGCCACUGUGAUUUACUUCAAAGUCUUAACCUUGAUCUUAUUCAGGUUGGAAUCACUUUUUUGAAAUAUGUUUAUAUUAUGCUGCUAAUAACUUUAAAAGUUACACGUGGAAAGUAUGAGUGAUCAUUGAGGAACCAGAGCAUUCUGGUCAGUCAAUAGACCAGCGAUGUUAAGUUUCUGCUUUAAAAAAGCGUUGUUUUCACUGGGGUAAAAGCUGGACAGAGGCACCUAAAAAAUGGUAAUAGUUAAGUCUUGGGAUGGUUAUGUAUAGGUAUAAAGUCAUUGGUUGACCAGACUUGGUCAUGGUUGGGUAUGUUGAGUAUUUGGUAUGGAGUAAGUUGGAUUAGAAGGAAGAGAUCUAUAAGAUUACAUCAAGAUACAACUGCUGGAAUUUGAUUUGACAUGCAAGGCAAACUUGAAGGCAUGCAAAUCAUGCCCUCCAAAAAUGUGUAGAAAAUUAGCCCAUAGCAUGCUGUCAAACUAGCAUCAUUUGCAACCAAAAGACACUGCAUUAGGCUUAUGCUUUGGUAGCAUCAAGCCUCGACUUAGUGAUAAUUCAUCAGUGUAAGACUGACUCUUGUGCUUUGUUUAUCUAUUUAAGGUUCUCAUUUCAAGUUUGCCUCAAACAUUUUGUUGGUUUGACUAUUCUGGAAGUUCUGGCACUAACGUCAUUAUAAUCCUGCGGCACAAAAUAUUAUUUAAAUAGCAUGUAGUCUUUAUAAGUAUUUCAACAAGUUGAAUAAGAAAACCCCAGAGGUUUAGGAGGCUUUAUCCUCCAGUUUUGUAUUUGAAGUACUAAGUCAACCAUUGUCGUUAAGAUUUUGAUUUGAAAUUCUGAUGGAUGCGGCAGCAAAACUGCUGUCAAGUAAAUGGCAUCUACUAAAACUGAAUAACCAAUUUUUUUUUUUUUUUUAAUUUUGUUUGUUUUUUUAUAGUGAUUGUUUAAACGAAAAUCAGUUCCAAAGCUUUUGUGUAGGGAUACUCCUAGGUAAUAAUUUCAAAUCUGGUUAAAUGCAAAUUUGAUUGCAGUAAGUCAACUUGUCUUAAGUAAAAUCUCAGUCAGAUUGAGCACAGUUCAUGUCCCAUGGGAUCACAGCAUCACUGGGUAAAUGACGUGAAGUUGGUUUGCUAAAUGUGGCUAACAUUAGCAGUGCUAGCACCACCAGCCUUCGGUCAGUAAGUUUGGUUACUUAUUGCCUCAGCUGAGUGAUUACACUCAACUAAAGCAAUAUGCAAUACUUUAUCACCAUUUGUGAGAUCAAAAUAGAGAUCAUGAGAUGCUAUUGAUGCUGUCUAUUAACUGUGCUUGUGCAAAAUCAGGGUUGUAGAGCAUCAAGGGUGCUUUCACAUUAGGCAUGAUUGUUUCAAACCAUGUCAC